AUGAAAAUGAACAACUUGCGGCUGGAUGACCAGCCCCCCAGUUGUUCGUGUUGCGACGGUGGCCAUCCGCCGGACCAUCAACUCUGCUGCGCCGCCACCGCUGCCUCCGUCUUUCAUCAGCAGUCCUUGGACCACAACGGCGACGAACCCCAACGAUCGCCACCACCAUCGAUGACCGGCGCCUCGGCCGCGAAGCACAGUCGCUUCCCAGUCGAAAUCAUACCGUUCCUGUUCCUGGGUGAUGCAUCGAACGCUGCCGAUCUUGCCACCCUCAUCAAAUACAAUAUCAGAUAUAUUCUGAACGUUACGCCGGAUUUGCCGAACGUGUUCGAACACGACACCCGCUUCAAGUAUCUGCAGAUCCCGAUCAGUGACCACUGGUCGCAGAACCUCGCUGAGUACUUCCCGCUGGCUAUCUCAUUUAUAAACAAAGCCAGGUCAGAAAAAUGCGGCGUCCUCGUGCACUGUUUAGCUGGCAUAAGUCGAUCGGUCACAGUCACUGUCGCGUAUCUGAUGCAGACGCUGUCGAUCAGUCUGGAUGAAGCGUACGACCUGGUCAGAAGUCACAAGCCGAACGUGUCCCCAAAUUUCAACUUCAUGGGACAGCUUGUGGAAUUUGAGCGAAUCGUCAGUGAUGCAUGGAGCGGUCUAUCAAGCGUCGUUUUUGUUGAGAUGCAGGUUUCAACUGCGAAAGCAUAG